CUCUCUCUCCCCGGUAUCUCACCGCUGCGUCGGUGCAGGUAGGGGAUUGAGUUCGAGCUAGCUCGAAUAAAGGCUCUUUUGCUUUUGCACUGGACUCGGCUCCCUGGUGGUCUUUGGGGAUCACGAAUUCUGGGCAUAACAUUUGGGGGCUCGGCCUGGGAUCCCCAAGACCCCCGAGGGACCCCCGACCCGGAGAGCCUGACUGGCCACGGUUAGUGUCUGUUCGUUCCGUCUUUUCUGUGUAAGCUAAUUUCUGAAAUUCUGGUAGUGCCUGACGCGGUCUAAGUGGAUGCACUGGAGGACCACGGGCCAGGAGUUUCAGAAGAAGUUCCGAUCCUCCCUUUUGGAGGGACGUGGAAUCCCCUCAUCGGUUUUGGAGGGACGUGGAAUCCCCUCAAAGGUCUAAGCUAGCUUUCAGUUUUGCUUCCAUGGAGUUGGGAGACUUUCUAGGGGCCCUCUGUUUGUCUGUUUUUGUGUUUCUCUGUUUUGUUCUGUGGACUUACUGGACGGACGUUAUGGGACAGACUCAGACUACUCCUCUAAGUAUUAUGAUUGAUCACUUUAAGGAUGUGAGGGGAAGAGCAAACAACCUCAGUGUGGAAGUCCGAAAGGGUCGGUGGCAGGUUUUUUAUUCUAGCGAGUGGCCAGCUUUCAAUGUCGGAUGGCCACCAGAGGGGACCUUCGACCUCCCUACCAUCCACCGAGUCAGGAGUAUCAUCUCUCGGCCUAAGACAGGCCAUCUUGAUCAGCUCCUUUACAUUAUCACUUGGCAGGACCUUGUAGAAGACCCACCCUCUUGGCUUAAGCCCUUCCUAGCCCCGCUCCCUCCGGAGCCAAAACCCAUUCUUGCUUUGCAGGGGACAAAGAAGAAGAAAAGUCUUACCCAGCCUUCAGCACCCCUCUACCCUGUCCUACAGGGGGGGACUGAAGAAUUAAUUUUUCCUCCCCCGUAUAACCCCCCUAGGAUGCCGGAAGAAUACCAUCCUCCCCCUCCGGGGGAGGCAGACGCUGUUCCAAGAGCGGGAGGCGGGAACGCUCCAGUGGGAAGCCUGCCCUUUACCAGACAAAAGGCUCAGAGGGAGCAAUCCGCCUCCGCCGCCGACUCCACUAUUCCGCCCCUGCGAGCCACUGGACCCCCAGACGUGGAGGGGAAUCAGCCCCAUCACUAUUGGCCUUUCGCCACUAGUGACCUCUACAAUUGGAAAGCUCAGAAUCCUAAGUUUUCCGAGAAACCGGCAGGGCUUAUUGAUUUAUUAGACUCUGUUCUUUUUACCCAUCAGCCCACGUGGGACGAUUGCCAGCAGCUUUUGCAGGUCCUGUUCACGACUGAAGAAAGAGAAAGAAUCCUCAAUGAGGCCCGAAAACUAGUUCCGGGCACAGACGGGAAUCCCACCACCAACCAGGCUCAGAUAGAUGCCUCCUUCCCCUUAACUCGGCCCCAGUGGGAUUUCAACACGGCAGGAGGUAAGGAGAGGCUCCGGGUCUACCGCCAGACUCUAAUGGGGGGUCUCCGAAUGGCUGCUAGAAAGCCAACCAAUUUGGCCAAGGUAGGAAAUGUACAACAGGGAAAAGAUGAAUCUCCGGCUGCCUUUUUAGAGCGGAUCAUGGAGGCAUUCCGUACCUAUACCCCCAUGGAUCCAGAGGCUCCGGAAAGCAAGGCAGCUGUUAUCCUGGCCUUUGUAAACCAAUCGGCCAAAGACAUUAGGAGAAAAUUACAGAAAAUAGACAGACUAGGAGAAAAAAGUCUGCAGGACUUACUGGUGGUAGCCGAAAAGGUAUAUAAUAACCGGGAACCUCCUGAGGACAAGCAGGCUCGCGCCAUGGCGGCUGCCAGCAGUAAGCAGAUUCGAGACCUGGCCAGAAUACUACUAGCUACCACUGCUGACUCCCCCGAGGAACGAGACCGCCAUCUCCGGCAGCUGGCAGACGACGCAAGAAAAGGUAAAGGAACCACCAAGGGGGGGAAGCAGAGGCUGCAGAAGGAUCAGUGUGCAUACUGCAAGGAGAUAGGGCAUUGGGCCCGAGAUUGUCCAAAAAGGGCCGGCGGGAAGGGAAGCAAGACUGAUGGAGUAAAAGUCCUAGAGCUAGAUGAACUAAGUGAUUAGGGGAGUCGGGGUUCGGACCCUCUCCCCGAACCCAGGGUAACUCUUAAAGUGGAGGGGACCCCUGUUGACUUCCUUGUCGACACCAGAGCACAACAUUCGGUCCUCCGCACCCCACAAGGAAAACUAGCCAGCAAGAAGUCCUGGGUACAAGGGGCAACUGGUAUGAACCAGUAUUCAUGGACUACCCGAAGAACAGUCGAUUUGGGAACGGGCCGGGUAUCCCACUCCUUUAUGGUAAUACCAGAAUGCCCCUACCCGCUAUUAGGACGGGACUUACUGACCAAGAUUGGAGCUCAGAUAACUUUCAGACAAGGGGGGGCCUCAGGUCACCGAUGGCAAGGGCCACCCCAUCCAGGUCCUGACCAUGAAACUGGAGGAUGAAUACCGCCUCCACCAGGAGGCGCUCCUGAGAGAGGAUCAUAUAGACAGAUGGCUACAAGAAUUCCCCUCGAUUUGGGCAGAUACCGGUGGUGGGGGCGGGAUAGGACUAGCUGCUCACAGGACUCCGGUCCUGGUAGAGCUCAAGCCAGGAGAGAGUCCGGUAAGGAUCAAACAAUACCCCAUGUCUCGGGAGGCCCGAAAGGGGGAUCCAGCCACACAUCCGGAGACUAUGAAGCCUAGGGAUACUAGUUCCUUGCCAGUCUCCCUGGAACACCCCCAUACUGCCGGUCAAAAAGCCUCACACAAAUGACUACCGACCGGUACAAGACCUCCGGGAAGUAAAUAAGAGGGUCACGGACAUACACCGAACUGUUCCCAACCCAUAUACUCUCUUGAGCUCCUUGGCGCCCUCCAGGGUCUGGUAUACUGUACUAGAUUUAAAGGACGCCUUCUUCCGUCUGCCGCUGGCACCCCAGAGCCAACCCUUGUUCGCCUUCGAGUGGCAUGAUCCGGAGGAGGGCUACAGUGGGCAACUCACCUGGACAUGGCUACCUCAGGGAUUCAAAAAUUCGCCCACCAUCUUCGAUGAGGCACUACACGAGGACCUGGGUGAGUACAGAAGGGAGCACCCUGGCCUCACCCUCCUACAGUACGUAGAUGACUUCCUGAUUGCUGCCGA